GUUGCUCGUGGGGGCCCCGCGGGCAGAAGCGCUUCCACUGCAGAGAGCCAACAGAACUGGAGGGCUGUACAGCUGCGACAUCACCGCCCGGGGGCCAUGCACGCGCAUCGAAUUUGAUAACGAUGCUGACCCCACGUCAGAAAGCAAGGAAGAUCAGUGGAUGGGGGUCACCGUCCAGAGCCAAGGUCCGGGGGGCAAGGUCGUGACAUGUGCUCACCGAUAUGAAAAAAGGCAGCAUGUUAAUACGAAGCAGGAAUCCCGAGACAUCUUUGGGCGGUGUUAUGUCCUGAGCCAGAAUCUCAGGAUUGAAGACGAUAUGGAUGGGGGAGAUUGGAGCUUUUGUGAUGGGCGAUUGAGAGGCCAUGAGAAAUUUGGCUCUUGCCAGCAAGGUGUAGCAGCUACUUUUACUAAAGACUUUCAUUACAUUGUAUUUGGAGCCCCGGGUACUUACAACUGGAAAGGGAUUGUUCGUGUAGAGCAAAAGAAUAACACUUUUUUUGACAUGAACAUCUAUGAAGAUGGGCCUUAUGAAGUUGGUGGAGAGACUGAGCAUGAUGAAAGUCUCGUUCCUGUUCCUGCUAACAGUUACUUAGGCUUGCUGUUUUUGACCAGCGUUUCCUAUACAGAUCCUGAUCAGUUUGUUUAUAAAACACGGCCUCCCCGGGAGCAGCCUGACACAUUCCCUGAUGUGAUGAUGAAUAGCUACCUAGGUUUUUCUUUGGACUCAGGGAAAGGUAUUGUUUCUAAAGAUGAGAUCACUUUUGUAUCUGGUGCUCCCAGAGCCAAUCACAGUGGAGCCGUGGUUUUGCUAAGGAGAGAUAUGAAGUCUGCACAUCUCCUCCCUGAGCACAUAUUCGAUGGAGAAGGUCUGGCCUCUUCAUUUGGCUAUGAUGUGGCGGUGGUGGACCUCAACAAGGAUGGGUGGCAAGAUAUAGUUAUUGGAGCCCCACAGUAUUUUGAUAGAGAUGGAGAAGUUGGAGGUGCAGUGUAUGUCUACAUGAACCAGCAAGGCAGAUGGAAUAAUGUGAAGCCAAUUCGUCUUAAUGGAACCAAAGAUUCUAUGUUUGGCAUUGCAGUAAAAAAUAUUGGAGAUAUUAAUCAAGAUGGCUACCCAGAUAUUGCAGUUGGAGCUCCAUAUGAUGACACGGGAAAGGUUUUUAUCUAUCAUGGAUCUGCAAAUGGAAUAAAUACCAAACCUACACAGGUUCUCAAGGGUAAAUCACCUUAUUUUGGAUAUUCAAUUGCUGGAAACAUGGACCUUGAUCGAAAUUCCUACCCUGAUGUUGCUGUUGGUUCCCUCUCAGAUUCAGUAACUAUUUUCAGAUCCCGGCCUGUGAUUAAUAUUCAGAAAACCAUCACAGUAACUCCUAAUAGAAUUGACCUCCGCCAGAAAACAGCGUGUGGGGCGCCUAGCGGGAUAUGCCUCCAGGUUAAAGCCUGUUUUGAAUAUACUGCUAAACCCGCUGGUUAUAAUCCUUCAAUAUCAAUUGUGGGCACACUCGAAGCUGAAAAAGAAAGAAGAAAAUCUGGGCUAUCCUCAAGAGUUCAAUUUCGAAACCAAGGUUCUGAGCCCAAAUAUACUCAAGAACUAACUCUGAAAAGGCAGAAACAGAAAGUGUGCAUGGAGGAAACCCUCUGGCUACAGGAUAAUAUCAGAGAUAAACUGCGUCCCAUUCCCAUAACUGCUUCAGUGGAGAUCCAAGAACCAAGCUCUCGUAGGCGAGUUAAUUCACUUCCAGAAGUUCUUCCAAUUCUGAAUUCAGAUGAACCCAAGACAGCUCAUACUGAUGUGCACUUCUUAAAAGAGGGAUGUGGAGACGACAAUGUAUGUAACAGCAACCUUAAACUAGAAUACAAAUUUUGCACCCGAGAAGGAAGUCAAGACAAAUUUUCUUAUUUACCAAUUCAAAAAGGUGUACCAGAACUAGUUCUAAAAGAUCAGAAGGAUAUUGCUUUAGAAAUAACAGUGACAAACAGCCCUUCCAACCCAAGGAAUCCCACAAAAGAUGGCGAUGACGCCCAUGAGGCUAAACUGAUUGCAACGUUUCCAGACACUUUGACAUAUUCUGCAUAUAGAGAACUGAGGGCUUUCCCUGAGAAACAGUUGAGUUGUGUUGCCAACCAGAAUGGCUCGCAAGCUGACUGUGAGCUUGGAAAUCCUUUUAAAAGAAAUUCAAGUGUUACUUUUUAUUUGGUUUUAAGUACAACUGAAGUCACCUUUGACACCCCAGAUCUGGAUAUUAAUCUGAAGUUAGAAACAACAAGCAAUCAAGAUAAUUUGGCUCCAAUUACAGCUAAAGCAAAAGUGGUUAUUGAACUGCUUUUAUCGGUCUCGGGAGUUGCUAAACCUUCCCAGGUGUAUUUUGGAGGUACAGUUGUUGGCGAGCAAGCUAUGAAAUCUGAAGAUGAAGUGGGAAGUUUAAUAGAGUAUGAAUUCAGAGUAAUUAACUUAGGUAAACCUCUUAAAAACCUCGGCACAGCAACCUUGAACAUUCAGUGGCCAAAAGAAAUUAGCAAUGGCAAAUGGUUGCUUUAUUUGGUGAAAGUAGAAUCCAAAGGAUUGGAAAAGAUAACUUGUGAGCCACAAAAGGAGAUAAACUUCCUGAACCUCAAGGAGUCUCACAACUCAAGAAAGAAACGGGAAAUUACUGAAAAACAGAUAGAUGAUAGCAGAAAAUUUUCUUUAUUUGCUGAAAGAAAAUACCAGACUCUUAACUGUAGUGUGAAUGUGAACUGUGUGAACAUCAGAUGCCCGCUGCGAGGGCUGGACAGCAAGGCGUCUCUUAUUUUGCGCUCGAGGUUAUGGAACAGCACAUUUCUAGAGGAAUAUUCCAAACUGAACUACUUGGACAUUCUCGUGCGAGCCUUCAUUGAUGUGACUGCUGCUGCCGAAAAUAUCAAGCUGCCAAAUGCAGGCACUCAGGUUCGUGUGACUGUGUUUCCCUCAAAGACUGUAGCUCAGUAUUCAGGAGUACCUUGGUGGAUCAUCCUAGUGGCUAUUCUUGCUGGGAUUUUGAUGCUUGCUUUAUUAGUGUUUAUACUAUGGAAGUGUGGUUUCUUCAAGAGAAAUAAGAAAGAUCAUUAUGAUGCCACAUAUCACAAGGCUGAGAUCCAUGCUCAGCCAUCUGAUAAAGAGAGGCUUACUUCUGAUGCAUAGUAUUGAUCUACUUCUGUAAUUGUGUGGAUUCUUCAAACGCUCUAGGUACGAUGACAGUGUUCCCCGAUACCAUGCUGUAAGGAUCCGGAAAGAAGAGCGAGAGAUCAAAGAUGAAAAGUAUAUUGAUAACCUUGAAAAAAAACAGUGGAUCACAAAGUGGAACGAAAAUGAAAGCUACUCAUAGUGGGGGGCCUAAAAAAAAAAAAAGCUUCACAGUACCCAAACUGCUUUUUCCAACUCAGAAAUUCAAUUUGGAUUUAAAAGCCUGCUCAAUCCCUGAGGACUGAUUUCAGAGUGACUACACACAGUACGAACCUACAGUUUUAACUGUGGAUAUUGUUACGUAGCCUAAGGCUCCUGUUUUGCACAGCCAAAUUUACAACUGUUGAAAUGGAUUUUUCUUUAACUGCCUUAAUUUAACUUUCUGGGUUGCCUUUGUUUUUGGCAUGGCUGACUUACAUGUGUUGGGGAAGGGCCUGCCUAGUUGCACUCGGGUGACAUCCUCCCGAUAGUGCAGGUGAGUGUAGGUGCCUCCUCAGCUACACUAACAGAGUGGCCGUCCUAACCUUGGGACUGCUGCGCAGACAUCCAUCACGUUAGCUGUCACACAUCACAAGACUAUGCCAUUGGGGUAGUUGUGUUUCAAUGGAAAGUGCUGUCUUAAACUAAAUGUGCAAUAGAAGGUGAUGUUGCCAUCCUGCCAUCUUUUCCCAUUUCCUAGCUGUGUGAAUACCUGCUCACGUCAAAUGCAUACAGGUUUCAUUCUCCCGUUCACUAAAACACACAGGUGCAACAGACUUGAAUGCUAGUUAUACUUAUUUGUAUAUGGUAUUUAUUUUUUCUUUACAAACCAUUUUGUUAUUGACUAACAGGCCAAAGAGUCUCCAGUUUACCCUUCAGGUUGGUUUAAAUCAAUCAGCAUUAGAGUAUAGGAGGUCAUCACGUUGACCUAAAUUAUUUACU